CACGCCCAUGGUGACGCAUCACAAUUCGACGAACUCAACUCUGAGGACAUGUGCGACAGCGGGCAGCAAAAGGUCGAAGAGAAAUUACCAGAGGAGACCCUGAAACGUUGGGAGAGCGAGCAGGCUGCUCUGAAGCUGCAGGUGAUUGAGAACAACACAGAGGAAUGGCAGGAAGAUCCUUUGUUUUGUGGCCUUGAACGAGUGGCAGGGGUCGAUCUGUCGUUCAUCAAGGGUGAUGAUGUUACUGCCUGUGCCAUGCUGGUUGUCCUCAGCUACCCAGAGCUGGAGGUGCUGUAUGAGGACUGCCAGAUGGUUGCUAUCACUGCCCCAUACAUUGCUGGCUUUCUGGCUUUCAGAGAGACGCCUUUCCUUGUGGAAGCUGUGCUUCGGUUGCAGAGAGAAAAGCCAAGCCUUGUUCCUCAGGUGAUCUUCGUGGAUGGGAAUGGCUUACUACAUCACCGAGGUUUUGGCCUUGCUUGUCACCUAGGUGUCUUAACACGCCUGCCAUGCAUUGGUGUAGCCAAGAAUCUGCUGCUGGUGCCUGGAGCCCCUGGUAAAGAGGAGUUCAAAGACCAGGUUAAAGCGAUGCAGAAAGCUGGCGACUCCUUUUCUGUGACAGACACAUGUGGAAGAGUUCUGGGAAAGGCCUUGAGGAGCUGUGACAAGAGCACCAAACCCAUAUUUGUGUCUGUGGGGCAUCAGAUUAGCCUGGAUUCGGCCUUGCGCCUCACACAGUCCUGCUGCAGGCAUCGCAUCCCGGAGCCAAUCAGACAGGCUGACAUCCGCUCCCGGGAGUUCUUGAGGAAGCACUUUUCCUGUGGAGAGCCCUCAGGAGACAGCUCUUCUCAGGAUGCUCAGAAUGUCACCGAGCACAAACCAAAGAGUGACCCUCAAGAGGAGAGCUAGCCCUUCCAGCUGCUUCCCAGUUGUGAGAAGAGGAUUUGUGGAACUCGGGGCUGUCUGAGUGGACUGUGUGUCAUGGAUAGGAAGCUACUGCACCUGUGUGCCAAUGACCAGUUCAUGCUGCCCACCUACCGUACCAAUGGACAAACCACUGAGGGCAACUGCUGACCAUCAGCCCUCACUUUUGCCUUUUGUGGAUCACAACAGUCCUGUCUUUACUAGUGAGUGGGGAUGACUUGCUGGGCUGGGAGUUGUAAUUAAAAUGUUUCCAGUUAUGACCACUGAUAGGCCACUUUUGAUCUCGGACCGACCACAGCCCACCUCUACUUGGAUCGCCAA